AUGACCGCGACGAGGGACAAUAGGCGAACUACCGCGGACAGCCUAGCGAGUGAGGCAUACCACAGCACGGGGAUCGUUGUGGUCGUUUUGCCUGUCCCACACGCAUCGGCCAGGGUGUCCCCGUCACUUGCCACGGCUUCAGCUGUGAAGGCCGAGGUCGUCCAAGUCCUUGAUGCCGAGACGACUGGCUGGCUGGCCAAGCAUGCGUCAGAGACAAUCCUCCACAGCUUGCUGGAUAACCUCGGCCGCUGCGUCGUCAGCUCAUCUGCUGAAGAUUUGUUAAACGCGCUGCCAGGACCAUUGGCUUCCGCAGAUCAUGAAGCUGUGCCGCUAGCUGGGGGAGGACGUCCAAAAUGA